CAUUUUGCAACACUCCCCAAAUCAGCUGUUGUGACCCUUUGCCGGUUUUGCCAUUCGCUUGUCAACGUUAAUGUGUGCUUUCGCGCGGCAAUAUUGGAAAACAAAUUUAAGCAACUUGAUUAUUUUAAAAUAAAAAAAAAACUGAAUGAAAAUGUCAAAUUCAGUCAUAAAGGAAGUCAACGGCGACUUAUUUAGCGCUGGCGCUGAAUAUUCAAUGUGCCAUUGUGUGGCCGCUGACUUGCGUAUGGGCAAAGGAAUUGCUGUUAAAUUUCGCAACAAAUUCGGUCAAAUGGCUGCAUUGCAGCAGCAAAAUGUGAAACCUGGCGGCGUGGCCAUAUUGCAGUAUCAAGGACGCUACAUUUACAAUCUGAUUACUAAGCAGAGCAGCUGGGGCAAGCCGACUUAUCAAUUGCUCCACAGCUCGUUGAGCGCCAUGCGCGAGCAUAUGCUAAAGCAUAAUGUGGAGAAGUUGGCGUUGCCUCGCAUCGGUUGCGGUUUGGACGGACUUAAUUGGACCAAAGUAAAAGACAUGCUGCGUGAGAUUUUUGAGGCUGACACCGUUGAGCUUGUAGUGUAUAAUUAUGUGCCAGGCACUACAACAUAA